AUGGCAGGGCGGCUGCUUGCACCAGGCCCUGAUAGUUUUCGACCUUUCACUCCAGAAUCUCUGGCUAACAUCGAGAAGCGCAUUGCAGAAGAAAAGAAGAAGCACCCUAAACAAGACAGCAGUCACAGAGAUGAUGACGAAGAGAACAAACCAAAACCAAACAGUGACCUGGAGGCAGGGAAGAAUUUGCCGUUCAUCUAUGGGGAUAUCCCAAAAGGCCUGGUUGCUGUGCCACUGGAGGACUUUGACCCUUACUAUAUGACACAGAAAACCUUUGUAGUACUAAACAGAGGCAAAACACUCUUCCGCUUUAGUGCCACGCCUGCCUUGUACAUUUUAACUCCUUUUAAUUUGCUUAGGAGAAUAGCUAUUAAAAUUUUGAUACAUUCAGUAUUUAGCAUGAUCAUUAUGUGCACUAUUUUGACAAACUGUGUGUUCAUGACUUUUAGUAACCCACCAGAGUGGUCAAAACAAGUGGAGUACACAUUCACUGGUAUAUAUACAUUUGAAUCACUUGUGAAAAUUAUUGCAAGAGGCUUCUGCAUAGAUGGUUUCACUUUUCUCCGUGAUGCAUGGAACUGGCUAGACUUCAGUGUCAUCAUGAUGGCAUAUGUCACAGAGUUUGUGGACCUUGGAAAUGUGUCAGCCUUGAGAACUUUCAGAGUUCUCCGAGCUUUGAAAACUGUCGCUGUCAUUCCAGGUCUGAAGACCAUUGUGGGAGCCCUGAUCCAGUCUGUGAAGAAGUUAUCAGAUGUGAUGAUUUUGACGGUGUUUUGCCUCAGUGUAUUUGCUUUAAUUGGACUACAGUUGUUCAUGGGGAAUCUAAGGAACAAGUGUGUCAUCUGGCCUAUUGAUCUCAAUGAGACCUACCUGGAAAAUGGCACAAAGGGCUUUGACUGGGAAGAAUACAGCAACAAUAUUUCAAAUUUUUACACAAUACCUGGGUUUCUUGAUCCUUUGUUGUGUGGUAACAGCUCUGAUGCAGGCCAAUGCCCUGAGGGCUAUACAUGCAUGAAAGCAGGGAGGAAUCCAAACUAUGGCUACACCAGCUUUGAUACCUUCAGUUGGGCUUUCCUGGCCUUAUUUCGCCUCAUGACUCAGGAUUUUUGGGAAAACUUGUAUCAGCUAACUUUGCGAGCGGCAGGAAAAACCUAUAUGAUCUUUUUUGUCCUGGUUAUUUUUGUUGGGUCAUUCUACCUAGUGAACUUGAUUUUGGCUGUAGUGGCCAUGGCUUAUGAAGAACAAAACCAGGCAACGCUGGAAGAGGCAGAGCAGAAGGAGGCAGAAUUCAAGGCCAUGUUGGAACAGCUGAAGAAGCAACAGGAGGAAGCCCAGGCUGUAGCCAUGGCCACUUCAGCAGGGACAGUCUCUGAAGAUGCUGUGGAAGAAGAUGGUGGAGGAAGGAUGUCCCAGAACUCUUCUGAGAUCUCCAAGCUCAGCUCUAAGAGUGCCAAAGAGAGGCGGAACAGGAGGAGGAAGCGGAAGCAAAAGGAGCUGUCAGAAGGAGAAGAGAAGGGAGACGUUGAGAAGGUGUUUAAGUCAGAAUCAGAAGAUGGCAUGAGGAGGAAGGUCUUCCGCUUGCCAGACAACAGGUUGGGGAGGAAACUUUCCAUCAUGAACCAGUCACUGCUUAGCAUCCCAGGAUCCCCAUACCUCUCCCGACACAACAGUAGAAGCAGCAUCUUCAGCUUCAAGAGAGGUUUCCGUGACCCGGGUUCAGAAAAUGAAUUUGCUGAUGAUGAGCACAGCACAGUGGAAGAGAGCGAGGGCAGGAGGGAUUCCCUCUUCAUCCCAAUCCGGGGCCACGAGCGGAAAAGCAGCUACAGUGGUUACAGUGGCUACAGCCAGGGAAGCAGAUCGUCCUGCAUCUUUCCCAGCAUCCGUCGGAAUGUGAAGCGGAACAGCACCGUAGACUGCAAUGGCGUAGUCUCCCUGAUUGGUGGCCCAACCUCUAACAUACCCAGCGGGCGGCUUCUGCCUGAGGUGAAAAUAGAUAAGGCAGCUACUGAUGACAGCGGAACCACUGAAGUGGAGAUUAAAAAGAAAGCUACUGGGUCACUCUUGGUAUCAAUGGACCAGCUGAAUGCAUCCUAUGGAAGGAAGGACCGAACCAACAGUAUAAUGACAGUAAUAACAAAUACCCUUGUAGAAGAACUGGAGGAAUCCCAAAGAAAAUGUCCUCCUUGCUGGUACAAAUUUGCCAACACCUUCCUCAUUUGGGAGUGCCACCCAUCCUGGGUGAAGUUAAAAGAAAUUGUUAACUUGAUUGUCAUGGACCCCUUUGUGGAUUUAGCCAUUACUAUCUGUAUUGUUUUGAAUACUCUGUUCAUGGCAAUGGAACACCAUCCCAUGACCCCACAAUUUGAACAUGUCUUGAACGUAGGAAAUCUGGUUUUCACUGGAAUUUUCACAGCUGAAAUGUUCCUAAAGCUCAUAGCAAUGGACCCCUACUAUUAUUUCCAAGAAGGAUGGAACAUUUUUGAUGGAUUUAUUGUCUCUCUCAGUUUACUGGAACUGAUGCUAGCAGAUGUGGAAGGGCUUUCAGUGCUGCGAUCUUUCCGACUGUUGAGGGUCUUCAAGCUAGCAAAAUCCUGGCCAACCCUGAACAUGUUGAUUAAAAUCAUUGGUAACUCAGUGGGUGCCUUGGGAAACCUGACCUUGGUGCUAGCCAUCAUUGUUUUCAUCUUUGCUGUGGUGGGGAUGCAGCUUUUCGGCAAGAGCUACAAGGAAUGUGUCUGCAAGAUCAACCCUGACUGUGAGCUUCCACGAUGGCACAUGAACGACUUCUUCCACUCUUUCCUUAUCGUCUUCCGUGUGCUGUGUGGGGAAUGGAUUGAAACCAUGUGGGACUGUAUGGAAGUGGCGGGACAGGCAAUGUGCCUCAUUGUCUUCAUGAUGGUGAUGGUCAUUGGAAAUUUGGUGGUGCUAAACCUAUUCUUGGCCCUGUUGCUGAGCUCUUUCAGUGCAGACAAUCUUGCAGCAACUGAUGAUGAUGGUGAGUUGAACAACUUGCAGAUCUCUGUCAUCCGGAUGAAGAAGGGCAUCGCCUGGACAAAGAUUAAAAUGCGCAAGUUUGUACAGACCCACUUCAAGCAGAGGGAGGCAGAUGAAGUCAAGCCACUGGAUGAGAUGUAUGACAAGAAGAUGAACUGCAUUGCCAACCACACUGGGGCUGUCAUCAACCAGGAGAUUGAUUUUCAGAAGAACGGCAAUGGCACCACCAGUGGCAUUGGUAGCAGCGUGGAAAAGUACAUCAUUGAUGAGGACCACAUGUCUUUCAUCAACAACCCUAACCUCACCGUCCGUGUCCCCAUAGCUGUGGGCGAGUCUGACUUUGAGAACCUCAACACGGAAGAUUUCAGCAGUGACACCGACCCUAAUGGCAGCAAAGAGAAACUGGAUGACACUAGUUCAUCAGAGGGCAGUACCAUUGAUAUAAAGCCAGAGGCAGAAGAGGUUCCUGUGGAAGCCCCAGAAGAGUAUCUGGAUCCUGAUGCAUGCUUCACAGAAGGCUGUGUGCAACGGUUCAAGUGCUGCGAAGUCAGCAUUGAAGAAGGGAGGGGCAAAUCUUGGUGGAACUUACGGAAAACAUGCUUUCUUAUUGUGGAACAUAACUGGUUUGAGACAUUCAUUAUCUUCAUGAUCUUGAUGAGCAGUGGAGCCCUGGCCUUUGAGGAUAUUUACAUAGAACAAAGAAAGACUAUACGGACUGUCUUGGAGUAUGCCGACAAAGUCUUCACCUACAUCUUUAUCCUUGAAAUGUUGUUGAAGUGGUGUGCCUAUGGUUUUGUGAAGUUCUUCACUAACGCCUGGUGCUGGCUGGAUUUCCUCAUUGUAGCAGUCUCUUUAGUCAGCCUUGUAGCUAAUGCCCUGGGCUACUCGGAACUAGGUGCCAUUAAAUCCCUUAGGACACUCAGAGCCUUGAGGCCUUUAAGAGCGUUAUCCCGAUUUGAGGGGAUGAGGGUGGUUGUGAAUGCCUUGGUGGGCGCUAUACCAUCCAUUAUGAAUGUGUUGUUGGUCUGCCUUAUCUUCUGGCUGAUUUUCAGCAUAAUGGGGGUUAAUCUUUUUGCUGGGAAGUAUCAUUACUGCUUUAAUGAGACGUCUGAAUAUCGAUUUGAGAUAGAAGAAGUCAACAACAAGACAGACUGCGAGAGACUUAUGAAUCCCAAUGAAACAGAGAUCCGGUGGAAGAAUGUAAAGAUUAACUUUGACAAUGUUGGUGCAGGAUACCUGGCCCUUCUGCAAGUUGCUACCUUUAAAGGCUGGAUGGACAUAAUGUACGCAGCAGUAGAUUCCAGAAAGGUAGAGCAACAGCCCAAGUAUGAGGACAACAUCUACAUGUACAUCUACUUCGUCAUCUUCAUCAUCUUUGGAUCCUUCUUCACCUUGAACCUCUUCAUUGGUGUCAUUAUUGACAACUUCAAUCAGCAAAAAAAAAAGUUUGGAGGUCAGGAUAUCUUCAUGACAGAGGAGCAGAAGAAAUACUACAAUGCCAUGAAAAAACUGGGCUCCAAGAAACCUCAGAAGCCAAUUCCAAGGCCUUUGAAUAGAAUCCAAGGAGCUGUCUUCGACUUUGUCACCCAGCAAGCCUUUGACAUACUAAUCAUGCUACUCAUCUGCCUCAACAUGGUGACCAUGAUGGUUGAGACUGACACACAGAGCAAACAUAUGGAAGAGGUCCUCUACUGGAUCAAUUUGGUCUUUAUUAUCUUUUUCACUUGUGAGUGCGUGCUGAAAAUGUUCGCCUUGCGUCAUUACUACUUCACUAUUGGCUGGAAUAUUUUUGAUUUUGUGGUUGUGAUUCUUUCCAUUGUAGGUAUGUUCUUGGCUGAAAUCAUAGAGAAAUACUUUGUGUCACCUACUCUCUUCAGAGUCAUCCGCCUGGCCCGUAUUGGCCGCAUCCUGCGCCUGAUCAAAGGAGCCAAAGGGAUCCGCACCCUGCUUUUUGCCUUAAUGAUGUCUUUGCCUGCCUUGUUCAACAUUGGUCUCCUGCUCUUCCUAGUUAUGUUCAUCUUUUCCAUCUUUGGGAUGUCCAACUUCGCCUAUGUCAAACACGAAGCUGGCAUUGAUGAUAUGUUCAACUUCGAGACAUUUGGCAACAGUAUGAUUUGCUUGUUCCAGAUCACUACCUCAGCUGGGUGGGAUGGCUUGCUUUUGCCCAUCCUCAACCGGCCUCCAGACUGUGAUUUGGCUAAGGAGCAUCCUGGGAGUGGCUUCAAAGGCGACUGUGGUAAUCCCUCAGUGGGAAUCUUUUUCUUUGUUAGCUACAUCAUCAUCUCCUUUCUGAUUGUGGUAAAUAUGUACAUUGCCAUCAUUCUGGAGAAUUUCAGUGUGGCUACAGAAGAAAGUGCUGAUCCGCUGAGUGAAGAUGACUUUGAGACCUUCUAUGAAAUCUGGGAGAAGUUUGACCCUGAUGCCACACAAUUCAUUGAAUACUGCAAGUUGGCAGAUUUUGCAGAUGCUUUGGAGCAUCCUCUCCGUGUACCUAAGCCCAACACCACUGAACUCAUUGCCAUGGACUUGCCAAUGGUAAGUGGGGACAGGAUCCAUUGCUUGGACAUCCUGUUUGCAUUUACCAAACGUGUAUUGGGUGAUAGUGGCGAAUUGGAUGUCCUGAGGCAGCAGAUGGAAGAGAGAUUUGUGGCUUCUAAUCCUUCCAAAGUGUCUUAUGAGCCUAUCACGACCACACUAAGGCGUAAGCAGGAAGAGGUCUCUGCGGUGGUCAUCCAGAGAGCUUACAGGGCUCGCUUAGUAAGGAGGGGCUUUAUUUACCGAAAGAAUGUCUCCAAUAAGAUGGAAAAUGGAGGGACAAACAGGGAGAAAAAAGAAGGUACCCCAUCCACGGCAUCUCUCCCAUCUUAUGACAGUGUAACUAAGCCUGAAAAGGAGAAACAGCGGGCUGAAGAAGGGAGACGGGAAAGAGCAAAAAGGCAAAAAGACAUCAGGGAAUCCAAAUGUUGA